AGAAGUGCACUGGGUCUCAGUGACGUCAGUUUAUUUAAGUUUUCUGCUGCAUUGAGGAAGGCUCGGCAGCCCUUCUGCAGGAACUGAACAGGUGGUAGCUGGUUGUUGGGGUGUAAGGUUUUUGCAUAAGAUGUCUCAGAAGGAUCCUUGUCAGAAGCAAGCGUGUGCGAUACAGAAAUGCUUACAAGCCAACAAGUAUGUUGAAAGUCGGUGUGAAGAAGUAAUUCGUGCGAUGCGCAAAUGUUGUGGAGCCCACGCUGAAAUGAAAUCUGUAUGCUGCUCCGGCUUUUUAAAAGGGCACAAAACAGCAGAGGACAAAACGUGACGACCUUCAAAAUAGCGACGGUGGUUAUUAUCUGAGCACAUAUGUCCGGAUUCCCAUUUAAGGACGUUUAGCUGCUGCAAAGAAGCUAGCAUCAUCUGAACCUAUUUAAAUUAUUGUUUUAAAAAUGCACUUUCCUUUGGAUUAAAGGAACAUCAAGCAAAGCAUAGUCUUCUAACCUUUUUACUGUCUUGCUUGACCUCGACCAUAAGUUUUUAAUACAUUUCAUUGAUAUUAUUGACAGUAUUCACUGAUGACAAAUAGUGUUUGGUGGUUGCAUGCCAUUAAAGCAAACUCCAAAAUCAAGUCAUCCUGUUUCAUUUGAACUUCAGCAUCACAGUAUGUUACAUGAAGCACAGAGUGGAAAGGUCAUGGCCCCGAGACUUCUAGAAUAUGAACAGCGUGAGCAUGAGCAGCACCCCUUAAAAUGAAAUGUGCAUAUCAUCUAGGCCGAGGUCAUACAACUCUGGUUGUAGAGGCCUACAGGCCAACCCAGUUUGAUUUUGUACCAGUACAAACACAGCCGAGUCAAUUCAUUGAUAGAUUUAGCGUAUGCGUUACAGCACUAAAUCAAACUAGGUUGGACCCUAGUUGGGCACCCCUGCCAUAGGCUAUUGAGGAACUUGUAAAAUUAGGUUGUGAUGGCUUAUAAAUAAAUGUUUCCUGGGCUUAAUUCAGUGUGUUGUUCUCCACUAAAGAAAACCAAGCUAGCCAAACCAGUCUAAAUCCAAACGUUGGGUAAAAAUAAGUGAAGUAGUUGACAAAAAUGUUUACCCAUUUACUUCAACUUUUUACUUAAAUAAGAAAAUACAGAUUUUCAAUGAAAUCUACUUUGUAGCUGCUCUCUUUUAAACUAAGGAGAUCCAUAAUUUGAGCUUUAAUGUGAGGAAAAAUACAGUUUUCAAGAAUUAAGAGUUUCAGGGUGCCAUAUG